AAUUAUUACAUGCAAACUAAUUUAUUAUUAAUAAUUUUGUGCAACUAGAAAAGAUUAGAAUUAACUUAUACUAUAAAUUUCUUUCAGCUAUAUUUCUUUGUGGCUAUUUUUUCUCAAAAAUCUGAAUAUAUUUUUAAUAGAAAAAAAAUGCAGUUAAUAGAUGACGAACAGAUCUUGUAUGGAAUUUCGGACAAAUUUAGCUGACCAAUCAAGUGCAUCAAGUUACAUUUGGUUGGUUCUUAUUUCUAGAGUCUAUAAUAUGAAUGCGCCUUACGAAAGCACAUGCGGCACUGGGCACGUGGUAUCAUAACCUCCAAGUGAGUGCGUUACUGUUGCCAAACACGCUGCUCAAGAUAGAGAAUUACAGAAAGUUUUUCUUAUAACAAUCAACACGGAAUACAACUUUAAGUAGCAAAAAUGUUGCGAAGACAAGCGCGAUUACGUCGAGAGUACCUCUACAGGAAAUCCGUGCAGGACAAGGUGAAAGGUAUCCAAGAGAAGAAGGAUCAGCUGAAGCGGAACUUGGAGGAGAAUACACCGAUCCAUCCGGAUCUGAGGAAAAGCGCGUUACACGUGCAAAGGAAGAUCGAAUGGGAGGACGCGGGGCCGGAGAUGGCAGUGGCCAGGGGCACGGAGAUGGGCGGCACCGUGGCGAGCCACGAGGACGACGAGUAUCGCUGGGCCGGCGUGGAGGACCCGAAGAUCGUCAUCACGACGUCCCGCGACCCGAGCUCCCGGCUGAAGAUGUUCGCGAAGGAGCUCCGGCUGAUAUUCCCGAACUCGCAGCGGAUGAAUCGUGGUAACUACGAAAUGAAGCAGCUGAUCCACGCCUGCCGCGCCAACGACGUCACGGACUUCGUCAUCGUGCACGAGCACCGGGGUGUUCCGGACGCUCUGGUGAUAUGCCACCUGCCGUACGGACCGACGGCCUACUUCACGUUAUCCGGCGUCAUCAUGCGACACGAUAUACCCGACAUCGGCACGAUGUCGGAGCAGCAUCCACAUCUGAUCUUCCACAAUUUCAAGACGAAGCUAGGAGAGAGAGUGAUGAAAAUACUGAAGUACUUGUUCCCCGUACCUAAAGAGGACAGCAAGAGAGUAAUUAGUUUUGCUAACCACGAUGAUUACAUAUGCUUCCGGCAUCACACGUACAAGAAGACUCAGGGAAGGAAUGUGGAAUUGACAGAGGUUGGGCCACGCUUUCAAAUGAAGUUAUACGAGAUCAAGCUAGGAACUCUGGACACUGAAUCAUCCGCUGACACAGAAUGGGCUCUGAGGCCUUACAUGAACACAAGUCACAAAAGGAGGUUUCUGUCUGACGAAGAUGGUUGGCAACAAGAAGACAGUAUUUAAUUUAAUUUAAUUGAUUAUAUGUUGAUAUCUGUA